GACAGAUGUUCGCUCCGGAUAAACCACUUCAUUCAGUGCCGAGGAGAGGAGGAGGAGAGCGGUCACUGUUGGGAUUAUUCACCGCCGAGCACUAAAAACAUGUCGGGGGAAAAGACGACGAGUCCCUGCAGCAAAUUUCAAGCCAACAUUUUUAAUAAAAGUAAAUGUCAAAACUGCUUCAAGUCCCGCGAGCUGCAUCUGUUGAACGACCAUGACAUGGAGCAGGCGAAACCCAUCUAUGGAGGCUGGCUCUGCUUGGCCCCCGAGGGGACAGAUUUUGACAACCCGAUGCAGAGGUCGAGGAAAUGGCAGCGACGCUUCUUCAUCCUGUACGAACACGGCAGCCUCAGCUUUGCUCUGGAUGAACUGCCGAGCACGUUGCCGCAGGGGACGGUGAACAUGAAUCUGUGCACAGACAUCGCCGACGCCGAGCCCAGGACGGGCCAGAGAAACGCUCUCUGCGUCAUCACGCCGGAGCAGGAAAUAUUCAUCCGUGGUGACAAUAAAGAGAUCAUUAAUGGGUGGAGUGAACAGCUUGCCGUCUAUCUACGGACUAACAAGCAGAAUCAGAAGAAGAAACGCAAAGUGGAACCGGUUACCAACCAGGAACCCAGUCCAGCAAAGAUGGCUGCAACUCAUCCGAGUUUUCCAUGCGCUGAGAGCGCUGCUGCAGAGUCCGGCUGCGGCCGGUGGCAGGAAGAGCAGCGGGGCAGGGGACCGGAUAAAACCCCUUUCUGGACUGUCACAGACUCAGAUCCCCCAGGCCUGGAGCAGACCCCUGCAGGCAACACAUCUACCCACCUGCGCCCGGUCUCCAGGGACUCUCUGACCUUGGAUGGUCCCGGCAGUUUCGCUAGCCAAGUCGGAUCCUUGGACUUGGCGAUCAAUGGAAGUACGGACCCUGGCAGUAACAACCAGCUGGCUGAGCUGGAGCCAAACAACAUCCAAAUAUCAGCAAACAACAAGAACCACAGCUACGACAGGAGCCCAACAGAGAGGCUGCUGAGUUCAGAGGCCACCAAGAAAGAGCAUGAAGGAGGAACAGCUGCUUCCAGGAAGGGCAGGAGUGAAGCUCGUACCAACAAGCGAGAGAAACUCCAGUCAUGUGGAGACACAGCCCAGCUCACUGCACUCCCCCCUCAACGAAGAGCCAAGUCUCUGGACCGCAGGACGUCAGACACUGUCAUGACGCCGGAUUUAUUAAACUUCAAAAAGGGCUGGAUGGUCAAAUUGGAUGAAAAUGACAAGUGGAAGAAAUACUGGUUUGUGCUUUCAGCCGACAGUCUGAGAUACUACAAGGACUCAAUAGCUGAGGAGGCGUCAGAUCUGGAAGGAGAAAUCGAUCUAACAAAGUGUUUUAACGUGUCUGAGUACCAGGUGCAGAGAAACUACGGCUUUCAGAUCCAUACCCCGAAAGGUGUCUACACAUUGUCGGCAAUGACGGCAGGGAUACGCAAGAACUGGAUUCAGGCUCUGAUGAAAAACGUACAUCCAGCUAACGCUCCUGAUGUUGCCAGUUUACCCAGCCACCACUUUCCCUGCAGCCCACCUGAAGCCCUCCCCAAACCAGACGUGACUCAGGACUCUUCCUCCACUGAAAUCCCCACAGAAAGAGACCCUCACCCCAAACCCAAGAGCGUGAUGGAACGACGACGGGAAGGACGCUACAAAACCUUCGACUGGGCUGAGUUCAGGCCUCAGAGCAAGCCGACAUCAGACACAGACCCUCAGAAGAGUAAAGCUCUGUGCUCGCUAGAGCUGGGCGACCUAGAGAGGAGGAAGAGGCGGGAGGAGAGGAGGAGGAAGUACGAGAGCAUGCUGGGCUUCUCUCUGGGUUGGGAGGCGAGCGGAGAUGAGUCGGCUGACGGCAGCGACAGAGCGAUGAGUCCGAAAUCACAGCAAAGAAUGGAAGAAGAGAUGGAAGACUGUUGGAAGCAGGUGGAGAAGACCGUCUUUAGACUGGAGAGGACCGUCCCGCUUUAUAAUGACGUGAAAGACACUGCAGAGAUGGAGAAGCUGCUGGACAGCUACAGGAAGGGGGUCGAGGAUCUGAAGGCCCAGCUAGAAGACUCGGAGCGUCGCAGACUGGAGCUGGAAGCUCAGCUGAGUGCAGCAGAACGUUAUCAGCAGCAAGUCUGCAAAUCUCUUGACCCCUCGCCAAGUUCUGAAGCAGAUUUUUUCCCUUUGGACACAAAUGAAAAACCAUUAAACAACCACACACAGAGUCUGAAUGAUACAUACAAAGAGACUAUAGAGUCUCUAGAGCAGCAGAACGUUAUCAGACAGGAGCAGCUCACACCUGCACCUCCUUUAAUAGCAUCUCAACACACACCUGAACAUCAGACGCCCAGCAUCUGGCUGCACGAUACAGACGGCAAUCUCCAGGAACUUGGAGAUCUUCUUCCUGACUGUCCUGAGGCAGUAGACACACCUUUACUAUCACCUGCAUCAGACAGCACAGACUUAUUGUCUGAGAGUGAAGAACAAACCGUAGGAUUGAACUUGGAUGACGUAAUAACCAACCAGCAGAAUCAGCAAGACAAAGAGGACUGUCAGCUAUUUCCUAACUCAGAGACUCAAAUAAAUAACAGCGAAUACAGUUCAAGUUCAUUCAUCCUGGAGAAUCCUGCAGAGAGAGAUGACGCCUCGCUGAGCUGCUGUGUAGAGCAGCACACACCUCCAGACCAGGUGAUACUGAGGAGGCUCUCCCAGGAGGUGGAGCUGCUCACCAGCCAGAACGAGGCGCUCAACCAGCGCAACCAGGAGAUGCUAAACCAACUGACGGAGGCAGACCGGGAGAUAGAGAGGCUGAAAGCAGAGCUCAGCAGCAGGUACACUGAGCCCCAUCACCUCCCUGAAGUGGAACAACUGGGACAAACGCAUGUGCAGGAUCUGGAGAGGGAGCUGAGUAUGAGAGAACAGCAGCUCCAGGAGGCCCAGACGUUGAUCACCUCCCUGGAGGAAAACCUGAGGGACACGGAGACGCUGCUGCAGACGGGCGUCACGACAGAAACGGAGGAAACGGGACAGGAGGAAAGCGACUGCGCCAAGAAAGCAGAGGGAUACCUGCUGCGGUGUUUCGAGGCCACCGAGGCCAAGCUGACGGAGCUGGAGAGGCAGCUCGACCAAUCGGAGCUGACCUGCAGGAAGCUCCGGGCACAGAACACGGAGCUGAAGGAAGCUGAGAAAGUUUACUGUGAGAGAGCGGCGGAGACUGAGGCCGACAUCAGGAGGUUGAAUCAAGAUUUAGAGAGGGAGAAGUUAAAAGAAGGAGAGAGAAACAGAUCUGUUUGUGGUGAAGAAAGGAUCCAGCAAGUGAUAGAGGAGAUGAUCAUGAGGUUGAAAGCUUUGGGGAAACUACUGGAGGUUAUUGACAGGUUGGAUUUCGAUACGAUAAAGAGAUCGACAGAAAGUGAGGAGGAGGAGAAGCCUGCAGUGGUGAGUCAGCUGAAGUGGGAAGAAGAGUUUUGGGGGUUGUUGCUCAAUGAAGUGAAGGUCAAAACCUCUCAGCUGAGUGAGGAGAAAGCUGUAGACGUGCUUCUCAGCGAGGUGACAGAACAUAUGAUAGUGGAGAAACAAAUGCUGCUUUUAGGCCAUGAUUUACUUUCUGAGAGAGAGAAAGAAAAGGAAGAUUUGGAGGGAACGUACGAGAGCGAGACUUUGAAAGAUCUGGACGAUAUUUGGAAAAGUGUGACAGCAUCAGAAACCAAAAAGAUAGACGACACCAGGAAGUUUGAUUUUAGUAACCGGCUGUGCGAGAUGGAUAAAAACGUGAUGGAACGUUUUAGAGUCACCACACAGAUGAAAACUUCUUUGCUAGACGAGAUCGCCUCCUCUGUCAGCACCUCCGCUCGUGACAAACUGCGGUCGAUGGCCGACAGGCUUUCUGACUCUCGCUUUUCAGAGCAUCCCGGGUUUCGUUUCAUUCACUCUGCGGCGACCGAAGCGAUGUACUGCUGUCACAUCAACAGGCUUCAGUCAACAUACCAGAGAGAACUCGAAGAAACCAAACAGAGACUGCUCACCUGCUCUCUCAUCUGCAGCGACUGUGUCGACCUGACGGAAGAAAACAGAGAGCUGAGAGCAAGACUGUCAAACCUAGAAGAACAACAGACGUCCUCAUCCGCUGCAAAGACGAACGCGUGCUGCCAGACGGAGGAAACUCACCUACAAAACACAGAUACCGAGCUACAGAUGGGAGAUGAAAGUGCCGCAGAUGGAAUCGAAACAGGAAAUGUACCGGAAACAUCAGAAGAAACGGCGGAGAAUGAGUCCUCGCUCAGCUGUAUGGAAAUCCCACUUUCAAGCGGCGAAGGUCAUUGGGGAAUCCAGGAGAUCUCAGAUGAAAACACAGAGAAAAACGAAGCCUCCCGCAGGGAAACAGAUCCAAGCGAGCAGGUUUUAGCGCUGAGGAGAAGAGUGGAGGAACUGGAGGAGCAGCUGUCUGUCAUAGCAGAGGAACUGAAAGAAGAGUUCGACGGCAAAAUGAGUUCCGCUCAGACGCAACAUGAGAAGGAAAUGGAAAAGCUGAAGGCCACCUGCGAGCGUGGCUUUGCCUCCAUGGAGGAGUCUCACGUAAAGGUUGUGGAGGAGCUGCAGCGCCGACACCAACAGGAAGUGGAGCGCCUCCUAGUAGAGAGAGACAGACUGCUGGAGGAGGAGAGCGCCGCUACGGCAACCGCAAUCGAAGCCAUCAAGAACGCUCAUCGCCUGGAGCUGGAGAGGGAAGUGCAGAAGAGAUGCCGGUCAGAGAACAUCACAGGAAACACACACCUGGAAGACAUAUACAGACAACACACUGAGGAGCUGGCCUCCUACCAGCGGGAGCUCGAGGUUCUGUCUGAGCAGUACUCUCUGAAGUGUCUGGAGAACGUUCAUCUGGUCCAGGCUGUGGAUGCAGAGAGGAAGGCCUUGUGUCAGUGCCAGCAGGAAAACCAAGACCUGAGGACCAGAAACCAGGAGCUGAGCGGUCACCUCGCAGCAGAGAUCACCAGACUGUGUUCGCUGGCCAAACAGGACGCCCUGCCGCUCAGUCAGGGAAUGAACGCCUACGAAAUGGAGAUCACCCUGCGAGUGAAGGAGUCCGAGGUCCAGUGUCUGAAGCAGGAGAUCACGUCUCUGAAGGACGAACUCCAGUCAGCACAGAGGGACAAGAGGAACAUUACGAAGAAGUACAAGGACAUGUACACCGAGCUGAGCAUCACGAGAGCCAAAGCUGAGAGAGACAUCGACCAGCUGAGAGAGAAUCUGCGGCUGGUUCAUCAGGCUCUGAGACAAACUUCACCCUGAACACGCUGCCGCUUUACUCUCAGAGAAGCUGACGUCCGCUGCUUUUCAUCCUUUCUCCUGCUCUUUUAUUCUUUAUUUUUUCUUCCACAAAGGCGGUCGCUCGUCUUCCUGGCAACAAAUAAAACAAACGACAAUUUAAAAUCACAUCAAUCAAUAAAUAAAACAAGAAAAAAGCAAAACAAACCAAAUAUAAAGAUCAGGAAAUAAGCAAAAUAACUCUUCAUAUGAAAAAACAGCCAAUAGAAACUUAUAAUAAAUACAAAAUAGCAAAAAUAAAUAGCAACAAAAACAAAGUAUUAUAUUUUUUGGUGUGAAUUUUGGAAAGAAACUAUUUUCAUUUUUUAACAUUUACAUUGUCUUCACUGUAACACUCAAGAAAUCUAAUUUAAAGAGAAUUAUUUCCUUCUACAACCUUUUAUUUACUUAUUUAAUAAAUCCUGAAACUCUUAUACACAUUUUUUUUAUUUGUUUUGUACAGAAACGCUGUAUAUUCAUAUUGUCUGUCAUGCCUGUCUAAACUGAUUAUUAGCAUUUUUAACAGAGUUUGUGAUUUAGAUUGAAUCCUCUUGUGAUGGUUCCUUUUUUUAAUCUUGUCUUCUAAAUAUUGACCAAAUAUCAACAUUUAAAACAGCAAUAUUUUAUCUGUUGUAAAUAUUUGUAUCUGUACAGCCAAUUUAUCGUUGUAAUACUUUCACCAGACUUGCACAGUUCCAUGUUUCAUCAGAUAUGUAUGUUAAUUGUCAGCCUCUUCAUCCCUGCUGUAUGUGUCCUUGUUUUGUUUUAUAAGAAUUCUUAAAUUAAACAUUUCUGACAGGUAGCUUUACUGUCAUUCACAGACUGUAAUUUAUAUUUGUACACUGCAGUGUUAUUGACAUAACGUGAUUUUUAAUUAAAUUACAUUGGCACUUGA